AUGGACCAACUUGAGCUUGUACCCUCUCAUCCCGCCUGGUCCUACCCAGAAGGUGGGCUUGAGGCCAACCUCGUCGUUCUCGGCAGCUUUAGCUCCAUCAUGGGUGGCCUGGGUUUGAUGAAUAGUAUCGGCAUCUACCAGGCAUGGAUCUCAACGCACCAACUAUCCCACCUUGGUGAAAGCCAAAUAAGCUGGAUCUUUGGCAUAUACAACUUCCUCGUCUUCUUUUGUGGCAUCCAGAUUGGCCCGGUCUUUGACGCCAAAGGGCCCCGUCUCCUUAUGCUCACGGGCUCGAUCCUCCUCAUUCUCACCCUUGUCCUGGUAGGAUUCUGUCAAGAGUACUGGCACUUCCUAGUGGUAAUAGGUAUCAUCGGUGGAGUCGGAACGUCAUUCAUCUUUAUUGUUCCUGUUGCGACUAUUGGCCACUUCUUCAGUGUUCGCCGAGGUGGUGCAACUGGCUUGGCCAUGUCUGGCGGGAGCAUCGGCGGCGUGAUCUUUCCAUUGGUCUUGGAGUACCUAGGGCCGCGUAUCGGAUUCGCCUGGGCAACAAGGGUGAUCGCGCUCAUUACCCUUAUUCUCCUAAUCCCGGGAUGUCUCUUACUAAAAGCUCGUCUUCCGCCGAAGUCGUCCACCGCCACCUCCCUGCUGCCCGAUCUUAGAAUCCUAAAGGACCCAGCCCUAGCCCUCACCACCUUGGGUGCCUUCUUCAUCGAAUGGGGAUUCUUCAUCCCUCUCGAAUAUAUCACCUCAUACUCCCUGACCUACGGGAUCUCCAGCCGCUUAGCUUAUCUAAUGGUAGUGUUCCUCAACGCCGGCUCAUUCCCUGGUCGCUGGCUACCGGGCAUCCUGGCCGACCGGAUUGGCCGGUUCGAGAUGUUGACCUUGACAAAUAUCUUCUGUCUCAUCGCAGUGCUAGGAAUCUGGAUGCCGGCGAAUGGAAACGUCGUUGCGACGGUUAUAUUUUCCGUGGCGUUUGGAAUUGGGUCGGGAAGUAAUAUUAGCCUCGUUCCAGUUUGCGUCGGCGAACUAUGUCCCACCGAACAAUACGGACGGUUUUAUACCACUGUCUAUACGAUUGUAAGCUUAGGGGCAUUGACUGGAGUUCCUAUCGCAGGUGAAAUCAUUCAUCGUUGUCAUGGGGAGUACUGGGGAUUGAUCGCGUUCGCUGGGUGUGCUUACGCUGCUGGCUUGAUAUGUUUUGUCGGCGUGUUAGUGUUGAAGCGGAAGAGGGUAAAAAGUACUGUUUAA